AUACAUUAGAUAAGUUGAAUCGCUCGGAAAGAUUCGCGAAAGUUUUAAGGGCGCUCGCAGCGCCAUUGCACGGCGCUCAUAAGAAUAUUCCUUGUGACGCAAUAGGAACUCGUCCUUUCCGUCGACCUACCGUGAGUGGAACAUGUCGCAUACGUCUGAGCGAAGGAACGAUGAUCAAUGGGCAGGCGAUUCCAAAAAUGGUCCUAGCGAAAGUGAACAAUUGUCCUACGAUGGACCGUCCGGCAUGGACCCGGGUGGGAUCAUCGAGACCAACUGGGAUGUUGUCAUCGACAACUUCGAUGAAAUGAACUUGAAAGAAGAGCUAUUGCGCGGUAUUUACGCUUAUGGCUUUGAAAAACCAUCCGCAAUUCAGCAACGUGCUAUUUUGCCGUGCAUAAAUGGACAUGACGUGAUUGCACAGGCGCAGUCAGGAACUGGCAAGACAGCUACAUUUUCCAUCUCUAUUCUACAACAAAUUGACACCAGCAUCAAGGAAUGCCAAGCCUUGAUAUUAGCCCCAACUCGUGAGCUUGCUCAGCAAAUCCAAAAAGUUGUUAUCGCCUUGGGAGAUUUCAUGCAUGCCGAAUGCCAUGCAUGCAUUGGUGGUACCAAUGUACGCGAAGAUAUGCGGAGACUCGAUCAAGGUGUUCACAUAGUAGUUGGAACACCUGGCAGAGUUUACGAUAUGAUCAGUCGACGUGCACUGCGAGCCGCUAGUAUCAAACUGUUCGUUCUGGAUGAAGCUGAUGAGAUGCUCUCCCGUGGUUUCAAGGAACAGAUUUACGAUGUAUUCAAAUUACUACCUAACGAAGUGCAGGUUAUAUUGUUAUCUGCUACAAUGCCAACAGAUGUAUUGGAUGUCUCUCGAUGCUUUAUGCGAAAUCCAAUUCAAAUCCUGGUUAAAAAGGAAGAGCUCACACUGGAGGGUAUUAAACAGUUCUUCAUCAGCGUCGAACGUGAGGAAUGGAAGUUCGAGACUCUCUGUGACUUGUACGAUACAUUGAGUAUUACCCAGGCAGUCAUUUUCUGUAAUACACGGCGCAAAGUGGAUUGGUUAACGGAGAAUAUGCGCAGCCGUGAUUUCACUGUUUCCGCUAUGCAUGGAGAUAUGGAGCAGAAAGAGCGAGACCUCAUUAUGAGACAGUUCAGAACUGGCUCAUCGCGAGUUCUCAUCACUACUGAUCUUUUAGCACGUGGUAUUGAUGUUCAACAGGUUUCGCUUGUCAUCAACUACGAUUUACCUUCCAAUCGUGAAAAUUACAUUCACAGAAUCGGUCGAGGUGGUCGUUUCGGUCGCAAGGGAGUGGCUAUUAACUUCGUGACAGACGAGGACAAACGAAUCUUAAAAGAUAUUGAACAAUUCUAUAACACUCGCAUCGAUGAAAUGCCAAUGAAUGUCGCAGAUUUAAUCUAAAUCUGGCUAUUGGCUAUAAUUCAUUAUAAUUACAAAAAAAGAAAUAAAAGUAAGUGAAAUACGGAGCUCUCAGCUGAUCUCUCAUGGUGUGUGAGUAUAUAUAGAGUGAGUUGGUGAAUUACAAUCGCUUAUGUAAAACGCGAUUUACCAAAAUAUUCCAACGUUCUCAUCUCUCAAUUUCAUUUUAUAACAGUAGAUUACAGGAAUAAUAGUUAUUCGCUACUCUAGAGAAAUUAGUACUAUUUACAUAUAUAAUAAUUAUUACAAUUAUCAGUACGGAUAUAUUUACCAUACUACUGUUUCUACCACUAUCCGCUCGUACCGCUGUAAUAUUUACCGUUAACUGGUGUGUAUACUCUUACGCUUUUUUCUUCUUGUUCUAUAAUUUAUUUCUCCGUUCUCUGCUACUAUUUCUAUUUCAUAUAUAUAUACAUAUACACAGAAAUAUAUAUAUAUAUAUAUACAUAUAUAUAUAUAUACAUAUAUAUAUAUAUAUAUAUAUAUACAUAGUUACUAUUAAUAACCCCGGUAUCUGUACGUUACCGUGUCACACACGUAAAAAGUAGAAGUUUGACUCGCAGAUUUUGCGACAGGAAUUUCUGGUAAUAACGAAUACACGAUCGUCCCGCGAUUGUCUCUUAGCCCAAGGUGAAAAGAAAAAAGUGUGGAGUUCAGGCAUUUCACCCAGUUCGGUUGUUUUUCACCUCUUUGCUACUACCCUUCCGAGAACUUUCUAUUGUCUAGAUGCACCCGCCGACGUCGUCGUCGUCUUCGUCGUCGUCUUCGUCGUCGCCGUCGUCAUCGUCAUCGUCGUCGUCUUAUCUCGUCUGUCCAAAUUUGAUUAUGAUCUUCGAGUACCAGUUUGUCUCGAGUCAUCUUAUCAUUUCACUUGUUCUUCUGCGCGGCUUCUCCAAUUGGAUGAUGAUUCGUUCCGUGUUCCGUGACCCUUCUUCGACGCUUCUACCACCGCGAUUACAACGUGUUCGUCUAGGCAGAGGUUUAGUUGGGUAUUGGAAGGGGUACUUUAAUCACAAGCGUUGCCGAAGGAGAUGUACAAUUCAGACUUAGACGAUAUGAAUUUUUUGUAUAUCCCAAAUAUCCCAGGUACAUUUUACCUUCAUUAAGAAAAUAAAGUGUUUGACCUUUUAAUUGUGGUUUUUUUUUGUUAUUGCAUUCAUUGAUCGCGUUCAAAUGACGCACAAAAUAGUUAAGGAAUAAGGGACGCAAGUCUGAGAGAAAGGAAAGAAAAGAAAAACAGAGAAAGAGAAUGGUGUGUGUCGAGGGUGGUCAGAUAUUCGAUGAAUAGAGAGAGAGAAAAGAGGGUUGCCAGCAGACCGAGUUGGGAACCAAGUGCCUAUCGAACCGCGCCCAUUUCUUAAAGAGGUUCUCACCGUGUUUUUAUUUGUAUUUGCAGGCAAUUUUGAGCAGUCCAGAAAUGAGUGGAGAUAUUUUUGGAAAUAAAGACCAAAUUUCGUGAUUCAGAAUAAUAGAAGUUUUUAUAUAAAUCAAUUACCUUUCUAAUUUCCUGCCUUUUGCAGGCUAUUAGCGAUAUACGAGAAUUAAUACCAAUUUGUUGUUUAUAUACACACGCUUGCAUAAUUUAUUCUUAAACGAUUAUAGAACCUUUCGCAUGAUCAUUUUAUAUCUUGUCAAUAAAAAAACAUUUAUGAAACUAAUUUUUCUAUCGUAUUAUGUAUAGUUGCGUGUCUGUGUCUAGCUAGGAAUCAAAUUCUAAUGUUCCGUGUACUCCGAGGACUCGGAUUUUCUGCGAGAUCCGUGCGACAUUGUAUUACAGACGAUAAUCCAUUGUUUCACACGACAUUGUUGCUUCAAACGAAAUACUGUCCGUUUGUAUACGUACACGUAUAUUAAUAACGAUCGCUUGAACAUCCUUGAACCGAUUAAUCUGAAUUGAAAUUGUUACUUGUAAGUAUUCGGAGCUCCGUUGAUUCGAAUGAUUUAUUUGAGAUAUCGACAUCAAUUUAUAUUGUACAUCUCGUCGAUGAAAUUUUAAAUGUGUGCAUCGAAUAAAAGGUUUUAUUUAUUCUUAUGUCACGGAAACAUCAAAUUUAUACAUUUGAAUAUUUAAUAAAUUUAUAGGUAACGUAUUCGAAUUUGAUGAAUAUUUAUAAGAACGGUACUUGUAAGGUUCAAUUUAAUUACGUUAAAACUGUCUUUUACAGACUUUACAAUCCUUCCUAUUAAUAGUACUAAUUAUACUAGUAUUUCUUAUUAUUUAUGAUAACUUUAACGAUUAACCCUCAUUAUACAAUUAUUUAUGUAGUAUGAAAUUAAUAAAUAUCAACCUAUAAAUACGAA